AUGGAGGGCAAGGCCAGUGCUCUUGCUUCUCGUCUCUCUCUUCUCCUCAGCCCUAGCAGCCUUGCAGCCAGCUUCGCAGCGGCUUGGUCUCAGGGCUAUGGCGUCGUGGCAAGUCGGCCCUUCCGAGCGGGUGAGAGAAUCUAUGAGGAGCCCCCGGCGCUCGUCGUGGACUCGGAGGACUCCAUGCAAGCACAGCUGCUGCAGACGGUGGCAGCGACGGUGUUCCUGGUGAUCAACGUGUUGCUGGGAGUUUCUGGGGCAGGUGUUGCCAUUCCAUUUGUGCUGGGCGCUGGCGGUGCCUACCUUUGGUUCAGAAGCUCCCGCGAUGGCUUGUCGGUACCCGAUGAGCUGAAGGAGCAGUGGGAAGCCCUCCCUGAAGAGAAGCGCGAAGCUCUUGCCAGUUUGAGCGAUUGCUCAGCUGGGGAGAAGACGCUGAGCGGGAUCAUUGACACCAAUGCAUUCUCUCGCGGAGCUAGUGCCACUUCGUCAUCCCUCGUGGUGUGCCCAACUUUGGCAAGGUUGAACCAUUCCUGUUCGCCAAAUUGCCAGCAGUCGUGGGAUGGAACAUCUGGCAUGGAGAAGCUCUAUGCGAUGAGUGAUAUCUCCGAAGGAGAAGAGCUUUGCAUCACCUACUGCGACCUUAGAAGGCCACGGGCAGAGCGAAAGCAAGAGCUGAAAGCCAAGUACGGCUUUGAGUGCACUUGUCCAGCAUGCUCGACACUGGAUUCUGCCCAAAGUGAUGCGAACCGUGUCGCGAUUGCAAGGCUUGAGGAGGAGCUCUGCCGCGAAGGCCCUGCAAACCCCACGAGUGGCUUACUCUGUGCGGAAGAACUCCUGGCCACCAUUGAUGCAGAAGGUUUGUCGGACAAGAUGCUUCGAGGUCUGGCCUGCUACGAGGCGAUGGAAUGCGCGCUGCGCCUCGGCAAUGAGGAGGCCGUGACAGACUGGGCUGCCAAGGCUCAUCUCUACCUCAGCCAGGCUCGCGGGUCCGACAACAGUCUAGCCCGAGAAGCGAAGAAGUGCAGUGAAAGCCCUACGCAGCAUCCUCUCUGGGCUGGGGCUGCGACAAAAAAAGUGCAGACUUCUGCCGGUACAGGGUGUAGCAACGAGAGCACGUUCCAGCUCACACAUUGUCUGUGUGCAAGGGAUCUCCCGGGUAGCCGCAGCGCUGGACCAAGAGAGCAAAGACAUCCUGGGCCCCAGCGAUGCAAACGAUGCGGUGCCUGCGCUUGCAACUUCUUGCCCUCCUGCUGA